AUGGAAAGAGGACGUUCUAAUCGUUCUAGGCCUCUUGCCUUUAACCUCUCAAAGUUUGAUGACUGGAAAGUGAGAAUGCAAGCACAUCUCUCGGCUAUUCAUGAUGAAAUGUGGGACGUGAUAAGCACCGGUCCUAUUGUCGUGAUGAUGGUAAAAACUGAGGCAGCUGCUCAAGGAGCUGAUCCAAAAGCCUUGAUACCCAAGCCGAAAUCGCAACUCACUUCAGAUGAGAAAACUAGAGCAAACCUCAACAAUGUUGCACGAGACAUCCUCUAUAAGUCUCUAUAUGAUUCGCUGUUCCUGAGAGUACAGAAAUGCACCACAACAAAACAAAUCUGGGACACUCUCAUGAGUUUAGGUGAAGGAGACGAACAGGAGAAGGACAACAAACUCACUGUGGCCAUGAAAAAGUUUGAAGACUUCAAAAUGAUGCCAAAUGAAGCCAUCACCGAUAUGGAGCUCAGAUUCACAAAACUCAUGGGUGAUCUUUCGGAUCUUGGAAAGGAGCCAACUAAAAAGGAAAAGAAUUUAAAGAUUCUUAGAGGGCUUCCAAAAUCAUGGGAGAUGAAAGUAACAGCCAUGAGAGAUCACUGA